ACGGGCCACCGUACAGCCGGCUCUGUUUUGGUGGUACAUUAGCUUGUUGUUGUUGGUGUCGGGUAACAAAAGAGGUCUAUUAAAUCCACAUGAAAUAAUAACAAGAAUGUCAGAUAAAGGAGAGGUGGAUUUAACUGGUGCAAAACAAAACACUGGUGUCUGGCUGGUCAAAGUCCCCAAGUAUUUGUCACAACAAUGGGCCAAAGCAACAGGGAAAGGAGAAGUUGGAAAGCUCCGCAUUUGCAAGAAUCAAGGCAAAGCAGAGGUGUCCUUCACACUCAACGAGGAUCUUACCACCAUAGACACCAUAGGAGAGAAAUCCUCUGUGGUACGAGCCCCUAGAGAACAUCCAUUCACUCUGCAGACUGUUGGUGGACAGACCCUGGCUGUUUUUACAGAAAAUUCUUCAGACAAAAUUGCACUGGAAGGAUUGGUGGUGCAGAGAGCUGAAUGUAGACCGGCCGUUAGUGAGAACUACAUGAGGCUUAAGAGACUGCAGAUUGAGAAGUUGUCUAAACCCCUCAGGUUCUCUCAACAGCUCGAUAAGGCUGUUACCACCAACUACAAACCUGUUGCUAAUCACGCCUAUAAUCUGGAAUAUGAGAAGAAGAAGAAAGAAGAAGGGAAGAGGGCACGAGCGGAUAAACAGCAGGUGCUGGACAUGCUGUUCUCUGCAUUUGAGAAGCAUCAGUAUUAUAACAUCAAGGAUCUAGUGGACAUCACAAAACAGCCUGUGAUUUACUUAAAGGAGAUUCUUCGGGACAUUGGCAUUUACAAUGUCAAAGGCACUCAUAAGAACACCUGGGAGCUCAAACCGGAGUACAGACAUUACCAAAAUGAAGAGAAGAGUGACUGAUCAUUUUCUUGUCACAUCGAGAGUCCAUGGACCUGUUUAUAUCAUUGAAGUCAAAACAAACCAUUAUCCUCCCCAAUAAGUACACAAUGUUAUUGUUUCAAAAUUUCUUCAAGGAUGAUUCAUUCAUUGUUUUAGAGGUUUAUUGGAAAUAUUUGUGGAGUUUUAUAAUGAUAUUGAGGGAUUCACAUGAGGAACCACAAUAGAAUUGAAUCUUCAGUCAUCAUGACUGAAAUUAAAAGGACUUCUAAUCCUCAUCAGUUCAGAUCUGGUGUGUAUAAAACAGGUGAAGUUAAGUGCUUACUGAUAUAAACUCAGCAAGAAAAGAAACGUCCUCUCACUUUCAGCUGCUUUGUAAAUAUUUGUAUGAACAUAACAAGAUUCAACAACUAAGACAUAAACUGAACAAGUUUCACAGACAUGUGACUAACGGAAUAAUGGAAUAAUGUGUUCCUGAACAAAGGGUGGGGGGUAACAGUAACAGUCAGUAUCUGGAGUGGCCACCAGCUGCAUUAAGUACUGCAGUGCAUCUCCUCCUCAUGGACUGCACCAGAUUUGCCAGUCCUUGCUGUGAGAUGUUACUCCACUCUUACACCAAGGCACUUGCAAGUUCCCAGACAUUUCUGGGGGGAAUGGCCCUAGCCCUCACCCUCCGAUCCAACAGGUCCCAGACGUGCUCAAUGGGAUUGAGAUCCGGGCUUUUCACUGGCCAUGGCAGAACACUGACAUUCCUGUCUUGCAGGAAAUCACACACAGAACGAGCAGUAUGGCUGAUGGCAUUGUCAUGCUGGAGGGUCAUGUCAGUAUGAGCCUGCAGGAAGGGUACCACAUGAGGGAGGAGGAUGUCUUCCCUGUAAUGCACAGCAUUGAGAUUGCCUGCAAUGACAAGCUCAGUCCAAUGAUGCUGUGACACACUGCCCCAGACCAUGACGGACCCUCCACCUCCAGAUUGAUCCCGCUCCAGAGUACAGGCCUCGGUGUGACAUUCCUUCGAUAAACGCGAGUCCGACCAUCACCCCUGGUGAGACAAAACUGCGACUUGUCAGUGAAGAGCACUUUUUGCCAGUCCUGUCUGGUCCAGCGAAGGUGGGUUUGUGCCCAUAGGCGAUGUUGUUGUUGCUGGUGAUGUCUGGUAAGGAACUGCCUUACAACAGGCCUGCAAGCCUCUCUCAGCCUAUUGCGGACAGUCUGAGCACUGAUGGAGGGAUUGUGCAUUCCUGGUGUAACCUGGGGGUGUUUGCCAUCCUGUUCUUGUCCCGAAGGCGUGAUAUUCGGAUGUACCGAUCCUGUGCAGGUGUUGUUACACAUGGUCUACUACUGCGAAGAUGAUCAGCUUCCUGUCUCCCUGUAGCGCUGUCUUAGGUGUCUCACAGUACGAACAUUGCAAUUUAUUGCCCUGGCCACAUCUGCAGUCCUCAUGCCUCCAUGCAGCAUGCCUAGGGCACGUUCACGCAGAUGAGCAGGGACCCUGGGCAUCUUUCUUUUGGUGUUUUUCAGAGUCAGUAGAAAGGUCUCUUUAGUGUCCUAAGUUUUUAUAACUGUGACCAUAAUUGCCUACCGUCUGUAAGCUGUUAGUGUCUUAACGACCAUUCCACAGGUGCAUGUUCAUUAAUUGUUUAUGGUUCAUUGAACAAGCAUGGAAAACAUUGUUUAAAUGCUCUACAAUAAAGAUCUGUAAAGUUAUUUGGAUUUUUACAAAAUUAUCUUUAAAAUACAGUGUCCUGAUAAAGGGUUAUUUCUUUUUUUUGCUGAGUUUAUUAGUUGUAAACCAUUAUCUUUGGGUUUCUGUUUAAAACAAGCAGGCUUAUAUUUUGUAUGGUAUUUCAUUUUAUUAAAUUCUGUUUAAAUGUUUUUGUAAAAAAAAAAAAAAGUCGUUAAAUUACUUUCAGGAACCCAAAAGCUGCAGACAAAACUUUCUACAAGAUUGCUUGGUUCUACAUUGCAGGUGGAAGUACUGGGGUUAAACAUUCAAAUCAUAUUUUGAAUAUUUUUAUUUUUAAAUAUUUAAAAUUUUGGCACAAAGAUUUCAAUAUUUCUGAGCACUAUAACCAAUUAAUGCGAACUUUUUUAAAUAUAUUGGAUGUUCUUAGUACCCUUUAUUCUCAAAGGAUCCGUUGGCCUAUACAAUUUAUAUAUACACACCGAUGAGCCACAUUAAAACCACCUGCCUAAUAUCAUGUAGGUCCCCCUUGAGGCGUGGACUCCACAAGACCUCUUAAGGUGUCCUGUGGUAUCUGGUACCAAGAUGUUAGCAGCAGAUCCUUUAAGUCCAGUAAGUUGUGAGGUGGGGCCUCUAUGGAUUGGACUUGUUUUUCCCAGUACAACCCACAGAUGCCCGAUCAGAUUGAGAUCUGGAGACCGAGUCAACACCAUUCCUGAACAAUUUUUGCAGUGUGGCAGGGCACAUUAUCCUGCUUAUAGAGGCCAUUGCCAUCAGGGAAUACCGUUGCUAUGAAGGGGUGGAAGUGGUCUGCAUCAAUCUUUAGGUAGGUGGUAUGUGUCAAAGUAAUAUCCACAUGACUGCCAGGACCCAAGGUUUCCCUGCAGAACAUUGCCCCUACUGGCCUGCCUUCUUCCUAUAGUGCAGCCUGCUGCCAUCUCUUCCCCAGGUAAAUGGCAGAAAGGAGUCAAGGAGUUUGGAUUGGGGAACUAAAGUUCAGGCUCAAUGCCAGAGGUUGUGGUGCAACCAGUGUGCAUAAAUGAAUGGUCACAAAAACAUCAAUGCACUGAAUGCUGAAAAGACAGCACUCCAAAAUUCCUCAGAGACAUUGGUAGACAUUUUAUGGAGUAUUUUCCUUGCAAUAGUCACCUUUAACAAGCUUGUUAGGGGUUCAAGUACAUUGACAGAUGAUUACCAUCAAGCUGUUCAUAGAGGGCAUACAACAGGUAUUUAAGGAAUGAACUUCUAUACAGCUGCCUUGACAUAUACAAAUAACAAUGACUUAAGCUCAUUGCUCAAGAGUUCUCACAAAUUUUAAGCAAUUCAUUUUCAUGAUAUUUCUAGUCACUUCUGACUGUGCAUAAGUUUUUUUCCUUUAUUACACAAAUUCUAGCAGAGAGUUGAAUCAUUCAACCCAAAUUGUGAACAGAUUACAAUUUGUUUACAGUUAAUUUAAAAUUCCCUGAUAUUUCUAGUUCUUCCAUGACCUUGGGAACCCUAAAGAUGAUUACCCCAAGCCAUUGAUGUUAAAGGUGGUUUUACAAGCUAUAGAAUCGAGGCAUUUUUCAUACAUGGUCUUUAAUUUUAAGAAUCAUGUUUGGUUCACAUUAGUGCUGAAAGGGAUUUUACUAUUUCCCAUAGUGCAGAGAUCCUCCAAUUCCUACAGUAAACACAACUACAGUGAAUAAACACUUCACAGCUCUAAAGGGACACCACCAAUAAACUGGAUUUCAGUCUUUAAGAGGCUAUACCUUUAAUUUGUUCAUCAUAGUUUUCCGGUCGAUGGGAGUACACACUUUCAUUGGUAAAGUCUAAUAAAAUUCCCAGGACAAGUUUAGGCAGAACACAGUCAACACUUAUUAGCCAGCAGCUUGAUUUUAUUU